GUGUGUAAUCAGAGCAGCUGCGGGUGUACUCAGUACUCAGGUAUGGAAAUAAGCAAAGAAGGCUGUGAGCGCCGGCUUCUCGUAUAGAAGGAAGUGAAAGACUUUAAAAAAUAUUUAAGAAGAAAAAAAACCCAGAAUGUGACCUGGAGCCAGAGGAGGAAGAAGCAUGGACGAGCAAACGGAACAGACCACAGACUUCAAGUCACUUCGGGAAACGUUCCAGAAGAAAACAUCAUGUGCGCGACCGUCAGACAGCAGUCAUUUUCCGCCAACGAAGACCGAAGGACCGAUAAUCCACAACAUUCGCAGUAAUCCAGCAAUCAGGACAGUGAUAGAUGCUUUAGAAGACCACAAAACGACUCCUUUUCGACUUUCGGAGAAGCCUAAGGUUCCGCUAAAACCAAAAGCCUUUCCUGGUGCUGGUCCUAAGGUUCCUCAUAAGGAUCAGAGGAGCAAGGCUGACUUAGAGGAUCAAUCAAUGAAACUAAACAAGCCGUUCAGACGUACCUUGAGUAUCACGGACCCGUCUAGGAGAGAAGCCGAUGGCGUGUCUAGCAAUGCUCUACAGCUCUAUAACCGGCUUUCUCUGUCAAACGAUAUAAAAACAGACUUUACCUGCUCAUCGCCCAAAAAGCAGAUGCCUCCUCAAGAGUUCUAUGAAACGUUUGAACCAGGACCACCAGUUAUGGCGGAGAAAGAUCGCUUGCAUGGUAGUUCCCCACCACCACCACCACGCGUGCAACUUGGACCUUCUAUCCCAUCACCAGUCAACCAUGCCGUAGCUGACGAGCACUACAAAUUUGUUGCCAGUGCCAUCAGCAAGGAAUUACUGUUGAUCCCGAGAUGUAACCGCCAUUCUCACCACGAUGCCUCUCCACCAGUAGUCGACCAGACCGAGGAGGAAGGACUCUACGUAACAAGCGACCAAUUUGAGGUCUUCAAAGAAGUACAUGAAAAUCGCAGUUCCAGUUAUGAUUCCGAUUCCUCGCCAGCGUCCGACAUUUUGUUGCCGUUUGAAAUCAAGUCGGACUCAAAUCCCAGAGACCAGUCCGGUGGAAACGUGGAUAAUUCUCCGCAUGGUGAAAGAAGGAAAUCGGCUCUUCUGCCUGAGAAGAAAGUCUCCGGAUUAAAUAACGCUCCCGUAUUACGACCUCUCAGUUCUUACAAUCUACUAGGACCAAAGCCCCCCAAACCAGCGAGACCCCCUACGGUGGAUCUUCAAAAGUUCCUGAAAAAGUUACAAGAGGAAAGAAACCUGACCGUCGACAAAAUUAAACCUGUAAAAUCUUGA